AUGUCUUCCAAAGAGCCUCAAUCCAACAACAAAUCCGACCUGAUCACCAAAGAUGCAAUGUACCUGUUCGAGUUGAUGCGCGACUCGCCACAGCCGAUCCUCCUCUACAUCACCCCGUACGCAGAAAAGACGGGCACAAAGGCAAACACCAUCGUCAAGCGGCUAAGCGAGAUCAAAAAGCGCAACCGCCUCAACAUCGUCACGACCACCAGUCCACCGUCAGGCGACACCAAGAGCCAUACUCCCGCGACUCCCAGACUACGAGCCAGCAACAGCAAUCCUCGCCAAGACGGGCAAAAGCCGAGUGUCAAGCGCGAGAGAAAGGCCGACGUCGCGAAGAGCACUCAUCACCCUGACUGCAACGUCAAGGUCGAGGGGAGCAAUCAUCUCGGCAGCUCAAAUGCUGCACACGGUCUCCCAUCACCUGCCCACUCCACGCCAGGCACGCCACCCGGCAAGUGGACUGCUGCCAAUUCUCGAGGCGCCACAAUCAGAGGUAGCACAGGACCAGGUGUCGGUGUUGAUAUUUCGACAUGCCAGUCCCAGAUGCCAUUCUACAUGCCACAGAAGCGAGCGUUUGACGACUUCGAGACCGACGCCGACGCUGACACUCGCUACGUCAAGCGCGAGGACGGCGUGAUCAAGAAGGUCAAGACCGAGACCGAGACCGAGACCGAGACCUGGAGCUUUGGUGGAAAUGGGGACGCCAUCACGGCGCCGAAUGUAUUGUGA